AUGCUGCACCGAGUGCUUCUACUAUCUAUCGCCGCUAUCGGCGGGGUCCCCACAAUCUUCGGCGAAUGUCCCGAGCCCACGAAACACUACACAACGAUCGGAUGUGUGGCCAGUGUGCACCAAACGGCCCAAGGAUGCCCUCGUUGGUUCGAUUGCUCGGAGCUGGCGCAGCGCACCAGUGAUAAGUGUUAUCUGUACGGCAAAAGCUACCAAUUGAACGAUCACGUACCGGACGAGAAGAUCAAGCCAACCUGUUCGGCUCUCUGCACAUGUCAGAAGAAUGCCCGGGGUAUGGCAGAGUUUCACUGUGGUCACAUCGAUUGCCCGGAGUUCCUGGCACCACUGGCACUGAACCGCGCCGGGUGUGUACGGCAGUACCGCGCGAACGAGUGCUGUUCGUCGCGGCAGGUUUGCGGUGAAAAAAAGUUUCACCUUGCCCGGUGCACGCUGGACGGCACCCGGUACUAUGAAGGCGAACGGAUGGGCUUGGCACACGAUCCGUGCCUCACCUGUAUUUGUUCGGCCAACUUCAACGAAACGCAGGAUCCACUUUCGCAGACGAAAUGCUACACGAACGAUUGCCCGUUUGAGCUGACGUCGCCGUCGGUGCUGCUGAGUGGUGCCGCACCGGUGUACUACGGCCGAGGAUGCUGUCCUUGGGAGUGGCGAAUGCCCAAACCGGAAGACCGUUUGCAGGCAAACGAUAACGACGACAAUGAACUACGAUCAGGUUCGAUCUAUAGAUGUAGGUACGGUAAUUUAACCUUGCACGCCGGAGAGUCCCUGGUGCCCGAUGUGACCUCCCACGGUACCUACGAAUGCCGGUGUUCCAUUCCUCCGAUGGUGCACUGCAUUUUGAAGCCAACGUGAUGCAUUUAGCUACAUUUAGCUGUGAAAUUGAAUAGGAAAAGU